AAUUAAUAAUGAGCUGUUUUGAAGAAGAAGUCUCUCCAGUAGUGAUAGAUUAUGGAACUUAUUCUAUCAAGGCCGGACUAGCUAAUCAGACAGAACCAAGUGUUGAAGUGAGAAAUUUGGUUGGUAAGAGUAAACGUAUCAACAUAUUCGCAACAGAAGGGGAUGUUUAUGUUGGAAAUGAAGUGCUUAAAUGAGCAUCUCGCUUUAAAAUUAUUCAGCCAAUACAGAACGGUAUUAUAGUGAACGAACCUUCUUUUGAUGCAAUUACAGAUCAUAUCUUCUGGAAGGAGCUUAAUGUUUAUAGCUCAGCUCAACCAGUCGUUGUGAUAAAGCCUUCACAAAGCCCACUAGAAGAAAAAGAAGAAUUCCUAUGCAACACAUUCUUUGGAAACUUUGAUGUGCCAAGCUUAAGCAUUCGAGACAGUGCUAUCACUGCAUUAUUCUCUGUUGGAAGAACCACAGGAGUUAUAGUUGAUUCAGGACACGCUAUCACUAAAAUUGUCGCAAUCUAUGAAGGAAAAGUAAUCCCAGAAUCCACAAUUAUAGUCCCUCUUGCAGGAGAUCACCUCACAGAGCACAUGGUCAGGAUCCUUUCUGGAGAAGACUCCUAUUACGAAACCAGGGCUGGUAAGGAAGCUAUCAGAACUAUGAAGGAAAAGGCCUGAUUCCUAGCUGAGGAUUAUGACCAAGAGUUUCAGAACAGGCUGAAAGAGAAAAACCUGAUGGAAACCUUUGAGUUGCCAGAUGGUCAAAGCAUCAGUGUCACUGAGGAGAUAGCCCAGUGCCCUGAGUUGUUGUUCAACCCUAGCUUGCUUGAUGGGAGGUGUAAGGCACUUCAAUAUUUGAUAGAGGAUUGAAUUAUGGCUUGCAAUGAGGAAGUUAGGGAUGCAUUAUGGUAUAAUAUUGUUUUAUCCGGAGGAAAUUCUAUGUUCGAAGGAUUUGGCGAAAGAGUUUAUAGUGAAAUUAAAAAGUUGGCUCCGGAAGGAACGAAGGUUAGAAUUAUUUGUGGUGGAAGAAGAGAAUAUCAACCAUGGAAAGGUGGAUCAAUUCUUGCUAAACUCUCAUCAUUCUCCCAAGCUUGUAUCACAAAACAAGCCUAUUAUGAAUCUGGAAGUAGUAUCAUUGACUAAGACUUGAUUGAAAGCCAUCAAAAACUUGUCUAUCUCAAUUCAAUUGAUCUGC